AUGGCUGGUGAGGCUGCUGAAGACGGUGUGUGGGAUGCUCUAACUGACAAUUACAUCUCCACCUGGGACGGCCCAGAUUCAGAGGGACUCAACGGCAAUAUUUCUGACCAGGAGAUUCACGAAAAAGAGGAGGAAGAGAUGAAUGAGAAGAAUGACAACGCCAAAUGCUUGAAUGAAGAGCCUCUCAUAACAGCUGAUCAGGUAAUUGAGGAGAUAGUCGAGAUGAUGGAGAACUCUCCGGAUCCUGGUGAAACAGAGGAGGAGGAGGAUGAGGAGGAGAGCAGCCACUGCUCCUCCAGGACCAGCCCCUCUCUGCUGGAGGAGAUCCGGCAGCUGUCUGAGGCCUCAAACAACAACUGCUCCUACGAAGGCCUGAGCCUGAUGUCCAGCUCAGCUCUGGUGGAGCUGCUGCACCGGGUGGAGGCUGCCAUCCUGGAGUACUCCGAGGAGCUGGUCAGUAAUCUGGCUCGGCGCGAGGAGCUGGAGUUCGAGAAAGAGGUGAAGAACACGUUCAUCACGGCCCUGAUGGAGGUGCAGAACAGGCAGAAGGAGCAGCGAGACAGCAGCAAACGUCGACGCCGGGACAAGGCCCUGAGCCUGCAGGGUGGAGGCACACAGUCUGUGAACGUGGGGAACACAGGGAACACCGGGAACUCAGGCUCCAUGGGACGCACAGAGAAGACAGGGAGCAUGCCUGUCAAGCGUUUCAGCAUGGAAGGACUGUCCAGCAUCCUGCAGACGGGCAUCAGACAGACGUUUGGAAGCACAGGCAACGAUAAACAGUAUCUGAACACAGUUAUUCCAUUUGAGAAGAAAGCCACCCUUCCAUCUGUUGACGACCUGCAGAUGCUCACAAAAAUUCUUUAUGCCAUGAAGGAGGACAGUGAGAAGGUGCCCACACUGCUAACUGACUACAUAUUGAAAGUCCUGUGUCCUACCUAA